AUGAACGGAGUCCUUGCUCUAUCGGCAUACCAAGUCGCAUCGGUUACGCACUGCCAACACGCCCGCCGAAAAGAGUAUCAAUACCAGAUGCUGGCUAUACAGGAUCUAAGGAAGUGUCUUGCCAACUUUAGCCCUGAGCACGCAGACGGAGCGCUCGUUGCUUCCCUGUCGCUUCUAUGGCUCUGCGAGGAUAUGUCGAGCCGAAGUCAAAUAUCAGAGGGGAUUACUGCUAUAAUGCAAACGUGCCAUAGACAGGGACACAGAUCAGGAUUCUACCUCAUGCUUGCCAAAGCUUGGCAACCAGCUGCUGAGCGAUGCACAACUCCGAUAUCUGAGAUCGAAAGAUCUUUAAUAUUACAAGACUUGAUUAUUGAGAUGUACAGGUUCCAAAAUCUCCUCAAAGAACAGGAUCCUGAAGACGACACUUGGAGGAAAUUACGAAUGCUCAUCGCCUUGGCUCAGGAUUUGGCAAAGCUUGACCCUUCAUCAUCAGCCGACAAACAAUUCGAACGCGUGCGGAUGCUACGAGACUACCAACUGUGGCUUCCGCUCAAUGAUUUGUUGUCGGGGAGGAAUCUUUCAAACACGCUCAUGGUCAACGGCUACCUAUACACGCUAGCUCUUUACGCUCAGCGACACACGUCGCAGGCUCACAUGAUCGAUUCUACGAUUGACCUGCGGGAACUGUUGCAAAAUACAUUACGGCAGGUCAGACCUAGUGAAUCGUAUGUCGAGCCUCUCAACAAUCUGAAGGCUCUUGCAGUCUCCAUGUAG